AUGCGCAUCGCUAUCGCCGGUUCAGGGGCCGUAACCCGCUACUUCGCCGAAGAACUCCCCGCAAUGGGCAUCGACCUCGUCAUCCUGACCCGGUCCCUCAAACCCGAGCUCGAAAACAUCCCGGGUGUCCAACAAUUAGUGACGGACUAUUCCUCCAUCCCGUCGAUCCUCGAGGGCAUCGAGGGCUCCGUCGCCCUCGUCUCCAACAUCCUCGACUAUUCGCCCGCCUUCGUCGACGUCCACGCGCGCCUCAUCGAGGCCGCUAGGAGGAGCGAGACCUGCAAACGCUUCAUUCCCGCCGAAUACGGCGGCAAUCUCGAGGCCUUCCCCGACCAGCCGGGCUUCUAUGCCCGUCGCCAAGGCGCUGUCCGAAGGAUCCUGGAGGGGCAGACAGAGUUGGAGUGGACGCUGCUAUCGACGGGGUGGUUUAUCGACUACGUCGUGCCGCGCCGCAACCGCAUGCUCAACGACGCGGGGGACGCGAUCCCCGUCAACGUCGCGGGAAACAGCAUGCUGAUCCCCGGCACCGGCGACGAGCCCCUAGACAUGACCGCGGUGCGGGACGUAGUCCGGGCGGUUGGGAAGCUCCUCUGGGCACCCCGCUGGGAGCGGUACACGUACAUCUCAGGGGCCAAGGCCACCUGGAACGAGAUCGCGACGCUGAUGCGGGAGAAGUAUCCGCAAAUGGGUGUAAAGUAUCGCAGCCUAGCCGAGUACAUUGAGGAUAUCAUCGCCAACCCGGACCCGGAGGGUGAGGAGCGCAUUAUUGCGGAGUACGGCAUCUUCUCUGCCAGCCACGCUGGGUCUCUGCCUGCCGGUCAGGUUGCCGCUCAUCGCGAGAGGUACUUUUCUGGCAUCAAGUUUAGGACCGCGAGGGAGUUAUUGGCCGAGGUUGAGAAGGAUCCUGAGGUCAUUGUCUAG